AGCCAGUCACCUGAUCCCCAGGGACUUGGUUUGCAUAAAAAUAUUGUACCUCCCAUUGAGCAGGAAUUCAAUUUAGCUGGUAGCACUAAUAUAUGUGAAGGGUUGGCUUCAAAGACAUCUGGGAUUGGUACUGAAAAUAGGACUUCUAUUCCGUACAAUAAUGAUAAGAUAGACAAGCAUGGGAACAACCAGGAUGAGGGAAGCAAAGAUCCACAUAGCACAGUGUUUAACACACAGGCUGGUGUUUUCGAUGUUCACGUUAUUGAUGACAAGUCUCAUCUGUGUAAUGAAAUGAGUGCUGAGAAAAGUGAACAGCUACCAGCGAAUGCUACCUUAGACAUUUCUGGAAAACGCGAUAUUCCAACUACAACUGGGUUGAAAACUCAGCGUAAAAUCCAGAGAGUUAGUUCAGACACGGCUAGUGUAUUGCUAACAAUGGGUUGCCCUCGAGGCAGAUCUUUACCUUCUGAUAUGAGGAGAAAUUCCAUGUCUGCAAUUGAUUAUGAAAGAUUUAAAAUUGAUAAUGAAGUCGAGCGGCUUAGAGAAAGGUUAAGGAUUGUGCAAGAGGGAAGAGAGAAGCUCAACUUCUCAGUGGGGCACAGAGAAAGGGAAAGAAUUCAGCUGCAACUUUUGGAAGAUAUAGCAAGCCAGCUUCGAGAGAUUCGGCAGUUAACUGAGCCUGGAAAGGCCGAGUGCCAGGCUGGAAUGCUGCCUCCACUAUCUAAGGUUAUGUCCAAGAAAAGACGAUGGCGAACUUUACCUCUACAAGUGCAUAGAAGUACUUAAAAGGGCAGGAGCUGUACUCUCAUACAAGUAAUGUUGAUGGGAAGCUGGUUAUGUUGA